AAUCAGAGCUGAUCUGUUGUCCACUUACAGGUCAGGUUCUUCCACGGUUCAGACUGGAAUGAAAGGGUACAGCAAACCGGCUUGCCCCCGCACCCAUGUAGACGUCUCGGUCCGGUUACUGGAGAGCCCCAAGAUCCAUAUUUUGUCCUCAGUUGCGUUACGGAAAAUACCCACAAGGGUCCUCAAGUGCCCUCUAGAUCUACCGGAGCCGGCCUUCCUGGACCUGCUGACAUCCUCCUACCCUCAGCUGGCUGCAGGAGAACCGUUUGACAUUCUGAGAAUGAAGCGGCGCAUGAGGCUCCGGCCUCUGAAGCUGAAGACUCUGACUCCAGAGGAGAUGUUUGCAGCAAGAAUCUCGCAGCUCUACCUCCGGCUGAGGAGGACGCCAGUACAGAUGGACGUUAGUGAAGCUCUGAUCACCGAGUCCACAUCUGCCGACCCGCCGGUUCUGAACAACGAUGAAACCGGGUCCCAGACAAGGUAAACAUGUGCGUAAAAAAACAGAUA